GCAUAUGUUCCAUAGAAAUAAAUUAUCAAAGAAAAACAUUAAAUGAUAAACUCGAUUCCCUUGAUUUUUAGUCACAGACUUUUUUGAGACUCUAAAUCUAUACAUUAGAGCACCUAAAUUGAAAUAAUUGUUUCUUGGUAGAAAUAUUUCAUGUCAUCAACCGUAAGAGAUCAUAGGAUAGUUCGCCGAAUGACAAGCCUUCCUCGGAGCAUAAUGAGCUUUGUAGGAAUAGGAAGAAGAAGAAGAAAUCAAAAUGCAAACUUUCCAUUACAAUUUUUAGACCCUCCACAACCACAAAAUUCCUUAGCAGCUCCAGAAGAAUGGGCUUUUCACGAUAAUUUUGAGCAACAAUAUGGCAACAAACAUCCCUUCUUUUACGCUUGUCGUUUCAAUGAAGCUAUGAAGUUAGCAGAACAAGAUCAAAAAUUUGUGUUCAUGUAUCUUCAUUCAGUAGACCACCCUUUUGCAAACGUGUUCUGCAAGGAAACUCUGUGUUCGGAGCUAGUGAUUCAGUUUCUUGAUGUGAAUUUUGUUUGUUGGGGUGCACUUACAGAUAGAGGAGAGGGUUUGCAAAUGGUUUCAAGACUAAGGCCUACUAACUUUCCUUGUUGUGCUGUUAUAAGUUCUGCUCCUAAUAAUAGCAUAAUUGUGUUGCAACAGUUAGAGGGACCACUCUCACCAACAGAGCUAGUUGAGAUUCUACAAACAACAUUGGAAGAACAAGGGCUGGCUUUUGGAAGUGAUAAAGCUAAGCGAGAUGAAAAGAUCCGAGCAGAUCGUAAACUCAGAGAAGAACAAGAUGCUGCAUAUCUUGAGGCUUUGAAAAUAGACAAGGAAAAAGAAAGGACCAAAAGUUUACCUUCAAGAGAGAGAGCUCAGAAGCCAGUGGAAACUCAAAAAAACACUAGAAAUUAUGAGAAGUUAAGGAGCAACCCUGUCAAUGUUAGUAAAUUUCGUGAGAAUAACAAAGGAAAUGGAUCCACUGGUGAAAAGAAUGGCAAGGGAAUCACAAGUAGCGGGAACGCGACUCAAGUUGCACAGAUACUCAUAAGGUUUCCAAAUGGAGAAAGAAGAGAACAUACUUUCCUAUGCACGGACAAAAUUCAGUCUAUUUUCUCGUAUAUCGAUUCAUUAGGCUUGUCUGGAAUUGAGAACUACAGACUCAUAUCAAAUUUUCCUAGAAGGGUUUAUGGUGUUGAUCAAAUGAGAAUGACUCUCAAAGAUGUUGGCUUGUAUCCUAAAGCUAGUUUGUUCUUGGAGCCUUUGUGAAGAGGAGUCUCAUAACCAUGCUAACAUGCACAUGUACUUAGUGCCAAACAUAUAUUUAUUUGGAUUCCUAGUGAAUCAAAAUGAAGGGGGAAAAAAAUUAUGUUGAUAUAAGCUAUAAGCCUAGUAAUUGUUUCUACUCUCUAUGCAACAAAUGUGGCAUCAAUUGCAGUUUUGAUCUUCA